AUGCCCUUCAACCGAACGUUUUUUGAUAAAUCGGAUAAUAUACUGCGAGUACCGAAUACGUUCUACGAAGAUAAUAAAAGAAAGUCCAAGAUAAAGAAAUCACCGAAACGCACGAUACAGAAGAUAAUUAAGAAGAACACUGUGAAACGGAAGCGUAUCUACGUCAACCCAGUGACGAGUUUACCAACAGUCUCGACGAUGUAUAACAAAGCUGACAAUAUACAUUCCAGGCAAAACGACGAUACACAAACGACCGAAGCGAAUUCGAGAAGAAGACCAAGAAAGAAUUCGAAAGUUUUGCGAUACCAUAUGCCGUUUCACAAGUUGCAGCCGCGGACGAGAAGAAAUAAAAGGGAAGAUAUCAAAGUAACUAAAAAGGAAGACACGACAGAGAUAGAAAAUGUUAUUAAGAAGAAUAAAAGAGACGCAGAUAAUGAAAAUGUAGUAAUACUCAAUGACUUGGAUGAAAUCGAAUUUGUUGGUGAUGAUAAAGACUAUGAUGUAGUGAAGGCACACGUCCAAUACAACUGGUAG